UCAUGGUGUGCGUUUAUGUUCGACUAACUCAUAUCUGUACAAAUACCAGUUGGGCAGGUGAAGAGCCUGCAAAGUUGUAAAUAUCGCUUGUCUCGUUUACGACUUUAAUAGGACACAGAAAAUACACGCGCAUGUUCACCAAAACCAUUUAUCUUUUGCACACAAGCACAUAACUCUCAUAUGAUGAAAAAGGCAUUCGAUCAGGCGUACAUAGCCACGCUUCAGAGCCAACCAUGCAAAAUCAAACGUAGUAUGUUACACCUGAAGAACCCUACCCAACCCACUAAAAGUGGGCUUUGGGGCGAUACAUUCAAUGCACCUUGGGAGGGUGGCGACAGGGUGAAUGGCUUAUUCGGUCUAGUACAGUGGAAAAGCGGACAGAAUGCACCCCCGUUUCCCAGCCCAGAGGAGGUGCAGAAACGCGUACCGUCGGUGAGUGUAGAUACUGAGAAGUUGUUCUCAAUCAGUCCGAUGGCGGGUAUAUGUGGGACCGGAUAUGGUGGCAGCAAUAGGGAAGUCACAGAUGGCUUGGACGAACCUAAUCAAAAGAAUCAGAUACAAACCACAUGGAUGGGGCAUGCGUCCUUUCUAGUGCAAUGCAGUGGUGUGAACAUCCUCACCGACCCUGUGUGGGUAGACCGUGCUUCUCCAGUACAGUUUGCCGGGCCUAAACGCUAUGUACAACCUCCCAUAGAGAUAGAGGAUUUGCCACAGAUACACAUAGUCACUAUCAGCCAUAACCAUUACGAUCAUCUGUGUGCUUCUACUGUUACGAGACUGCAUAAGGCGUUUGACCCUGUAUUUGUGGUACCGUUGGGUAUGAAGAGCCGCUGGUUUGUACCGAACUUCGGGUCGAAAUGGUCUAAAAAUAGCAUGGCCAAGGUGGUGGAGCUGAACUGGUGGGAAGAAGUGCCCUGCAAGUUCACCAUCAAGACCCCAUCCGAACACACCCUUUCCUCAUGUGUGACAAUAACGUCCACGCCAGUACAACACUGGACCACACGCACUUCGUUUGACCGCAACAAGGAGCUUUGGUGUGGCUUUGUAUACUGCUUUGAGAGCAACGCUAAUUACGGGACGGAUUCCGGUACCGAGCUUUUGCCACCCCGACUGGCUUACCACGCGGGCGAUACCGCGUACUGUCCGAUGUUCUUAGAAACGGCCGAGGAGUUCUUUGGUGGACCGCUCACCAGUGGGGGUUCAUCAGACGAGGAAUCAAGGUGCAGGUUUGACUUAGCUAUGAUACCGAUAGGUGCAUACGACCCGAGAUGGUUCUUGCAGGUGCAGCAUGUAGACCCAAAAGAAGCGGUACAGGUGCACUUGGACUUGCGAAGGCCCAGACUGAGUGUGGGCAUGCACUGGGGCACGUGGAUACUAACGGACGAGCCUAUCGAUGAACCACCACUGCUGCUGAAGGCGGAAGCUCAGAAGGCUGGGUUGGAGGAAGGCGAGUUUGUGGUUCUGAAACACGGAGAGAGUGUAGCUAUAUAAAGUUUUAGGUUUGAGAUG